AUUAUCGAUUUAUUGCUUCUAUUAAUCGAUCAUACUAUCGAUCCCGGUGAUCAUCUGAUUUCCCGUCAUCCCGCUGCAGGCAGGUUGCCAUGGUAAUCGGGCUCCCGCCGCCGGCCGCGCGCCGCAGAGAGACGGAGGAGAGACGGUGAGUCACCGGCACGAGCUCAGCGACAAAACGGACGACCGGAGCGACCACCGGCCGACGGACGGACGGAGGGACGGAGGGACACACCGACCGGCCCGGUCGGUCCGUGGAGCGCGAGACCGAUAACGACGCUGAUGACCGUCAUCUACCGCAGUGACGUCACAGCGAGCAGCAACAAGGACGGCAACCCGAAGAGCCGCAGCGACACCGCAACACGGAGAACCAGAACCAGAGGAACCAGAGGAACCAGAACCAGAGGAACAAGCGGAACCGGGUCCAUCAACAGCUAACUGACAGAGGUCCAGCUGCUGGUUCUGAGGAUUUUUCAGGAGGACCUAAACCUGCAGCAGCAACAGGAAGUAAAGAGUCGGAGGAGAGCAGGAGCUCCAGGAGGAGCAGAGAUGAUCGUUCAGCUGCAGCAACAUGUUGCCUCAACCUGAGAGACGACAGCAACGUAUUGCUUCAACCUGAGAGAAACUACAGCAACCAACCUGCUCGCUGCCAGGUCCAGUUGAGGUGGCUGUCUGACCUCCUGAUUGGACAGAUGGAUUGUCGCACUGAUCAGCUGAUCUGGAAUCAGGUGUGUCUGCAUGCAGCUUCGUUUCCAUGGAAACAACAGCAGAAACAGAGCAAUAAGAGACAAAACAAUACUUCAAAACUCAGCUAAGCCCCGCCCAGCGCUGCCGUUCUCCCUGAUUCAGGUGAUGACAACAGCCAAUAGGAUGAGCCAGCUGAAGGAGGCAGAGCCAGGGCGGGAGAUGGAGGGCAAGGUACAGACCUGGGCUCAGUCUCUGGUUUACACUCUGGAGGAACUCGAGUGUAAAAUCUGCUACAACCGUUACGACACUCGCAGCCGGAAACCCAAACUGCUGGGCUGCCUGCACCGAGUCUGCGCCAAAUGUCUGAAGAAGAUGGUGGACAUGGGUGAGUCUUCGCCCUCUAUCAUCAGCUGUCCGUUCUGUCGCCAUGAGACUCACGUCCCCGACGAGGAGGUGUGGCUGAUGGAGGACGACCGACACAUCCUGGCCGUCCUGUCCUGUCAGGACCGAGCUCGGCGUGGAGCGGCAGGAGGCGGUGGGGAGGUGGUGCUGAGUCCCAGCAGUCUGACCGGUAAAACACCACCACAGGUUGUUUCUGAGUGUUUCUGCCGUAGAACAAAAGCAUCAGGUGAUCUCUGUCUGUCUGCAGGUGGACCAGGUGGAGGCGUGGACGUGUCCCACCGCUCCUCAGACUGUCUGGUCAUCACCAUCAUGGAGCUUCCUGAGGAGUCUCCGUCCUCCGACUCACUGAGCAUGCUCAACGUGGUGGGUCUGUACCGCCCCCCUAGCCUGGACUCGCUGCCCUGCAACCUGCCUGCUCAGAAGUGUCGCGCCUGGACAUCUCGGAGCGUCCCCCGCUGCCUGCUGGGGGCGCUGUGUCUGGUGUACUUCAGCUCGUUGCCUCUGGGGAUCUACCUGCUGAUGAUUGGUCAGCUGUGGCUGGGCGUGGUCCUGGUCAGCCUGGUUCCCUCCACGCUGCUGCUGCUCGUCCUCUACGGCUUCUGUCAAUGUCUCUGCCACGAGCUGAUGGAGGCGCUGGCCGCACGCUCCCACACGCUGCCAUGAGGACGUAAAAAUCACAACACGCUGCCAUGACGACGUAAAAAUCACAACACGCUGCCAUGAGGACGUAAAAAUCACAACACGCUGCCAUGACGACGUAAACAUCACAACACGCUGCCAUGACGACGACAGCAUCACAGCAAGCUGCCAUGACGAUGUAAACAUCACAACACGCUGCCAUGAUGACGUAAACAUCACAACACGCUGCCAUGACGACGUAAACAUCACAACACGCUGUCGUGAUGACGACAGCAUCACAGCACGCUGCCAUGACGACGACAGCAUCACAACACGCUGCCAUGACGACGACAGCAUCACAACACGCUGCCAUGACGACGACAGCAUCACAGCACGCUGCCAUGACGACAACAGCAUCACAGCACGCUGUCAUGAUGACGACAGCAUCACAACACGCUGCCAUGACGACGUAAACAUCACAACACGCUGCCAUGACGACGUAAACAUCACAACACGCUGCCAUGACGACAUAAACAUCACAACACGCUGUCAUGACGACGACAACAUCACAACACGCUGCCAUGACGACGUAAACAUCACAACACGCUGCCAUGACGACGUAAACAUCACAACACGCUGCCAUGACGACGACAGCAUCACAACACGCUGCCAUGACGACGUAAACAUCACAACACGCUGCCGUGACGACGUAAACAUCACAACACGCUGUCGUGAUGACGACAGCAUCACAGCACGCUGCCAUGACGACGACAGCAUCACAACACGCUGCCAUGACGACGACAGCAUCACAGCACGCUGCCAUGACGACAACAGCAUCACAACACGCUGCCAUGACGACGUAAACAUCACAACACGCUGCCAUGACGACGUAAACAUCACAACACGCUGCCAUGACGACGUAAACAUCACAACACGCUGCCAUGACGACGUAAACAUCACAACACGCUGUCAUGACGACGACAACAUCACAACACGCUGCCAUGACGACGUAAACAUCACAACACGCUGCCAUGACGACGUAAACAUCACAACACGCUGCCAUGACGACGUAAACAUCACAACAAGCUGCCAUGAUGACGCAAACAUCACAACACGCUGCCAUGACGACGACAGCAUCACAACACGCUGCCAUGACGACGACAGCAUCACACUGCCAUGAAGACAUCACAACACGCUGCCAUGACAACAGCAAUGUCUUGACGUGCUGCCGCAACAAUAAAAACACACAAUGUAGCCAUAGCAACAGCAUAACAACCACAAAGAAACAACAGAACAAUGAAAGGUCAGUAGAACAUCAGAACCAACACAGAACCUAAUCUGAACACUCACCUGUAGACCCGUCACUCUGACCCUGCCCCCUCUGAAUACCAGCACCCCACCCUCUUUGUUAAACUACAGCCAAUCAGAGCAGGACCAGGUGAUGACAUCAUCACCACAGGAGAUUUUUGCAGCUGAUUGUCAGCUGAUCACCACCUGACAUUAAAGGACACUGUCGGUCAAUCAGAGGAAACGUCUGUCUCUGGACACUAAAGCUGAGACAGAUUGUAAAUAUGACGAUCUAUCCAUGUUCUAAACAAACUACUACCAUGUUGGGAUUAACACGUUCUAAGUAACUCGGUUAUCAUGUUGUAAACACGUGGAACUGUAUCAUAUGUUUGUCCUCAGAUAAAAGGUGUUUGAACAGUCUGUGAUGGUGUUUGGGGGCGUGGUCUAUCUUCUGUAACCUGCAUGACCUGCAGCUCUGUGGUCAUCUCUCACUUCAAACCAUAUUUAAAAUAAAUGUUCCAUACAUGUUC